GGCGGAAGCGGCGCCGCCAUGGAGGAGGACGAGCCGGAGCUGGAGGCCGGGCUGGAGGCGGCGCUGGAACUGGCACCCGCCGUGCAGGCCGCCAUCGAGCAGGUGUUUCCCAGCCAAGAUCCACUGGACAGAGCAGAUUUCAAUGCUGUGGAGUAUAUUAAUGCUCUCUUUCCCACUGAGCAAUCUUUGGCAAACAUCGAUGAAGUUGUGAACAAAAUCAGAUUGAAAAUAAGGAGGUUGGAUGACAACAUUCGAACUGUGGUGAGAGGACAGACCAACGUGGGACAGGAUGGCAGGCAGGCUCUGGAAGAAGCCCAGAAAGCCAUUCAACAGCUCUUUGGUAAAAUUAAGGAUAUUAAAGACAAGGCUGAAAAAUCUGAACAAAUGGUUAAGGAAAUCACACGGGAUAUCAAGCAGCUGGAUCACGCCAAGCGUCACCUGACCACCUCCAUCACCACCCUCAACCACCUCCACAUGCUGGCAGGGGGGGUGGAUUCACUGGAGGCUAUGACCAGGAGGAGACAAUAUGGGGAAGUUGCCAACCUUCUCCAAGGUGUUGUGAAUGUUUUAGAGCACUUCAACAAAUACAUGGGGAUCCCUCAGAUUCGACAGCUCUCUGAAAGGGUGAAGGCAGCACAGAACGAGUUGGGACAGCAGAUCCUGGCUGACUUCGAGGAAGCCUUUCCUUCUCAAGGUACAAAGAGGACUGGUGGACCCAGCAAUGUCCUACGUGAUGCAUGUCUGGUCGCCAACGUCCUGGAUCCCAGAAUCAAACAGGAAAUCAUCAAGAAAUUUAUUAAACAACACCUCUCGGAGUAUCUGGUGCUUUUCCAGGAAAACCAAGAUGUGGCCUGGCUGGAUAAGAUCGACAGGCGCUACGCUUGGAUCAAGAGGCAGCUGGUGGACUACGAGGAGAAGUACGGCCGCAUGUUCCCGCAGGAAUGGUGCAUGACGGAGCGCAUCGCCGUGGAGUUCUGCCACGUCACCAGGGCAGAGCUCUCGAAGAUCAUGCGCACAAGAGCGAAGGAGAUUGAGGUGAAAUUGCUGCUGUUUGCAAUUCAGAGGACAACCAACUUUGAAGGAUUCCUGGCUAAACGCUUCUCAGGCUGCACUCUUGCUGAUGGGACAGUGAAGAAACCAGAAGUAUCACCUCCUUCCACCAACCCAUUUCUGGAGGAUGAAACUGGGACAGAGACAGAUGAGAUUGUGAUUGAGAAAAGUGAUCCAGACAAACCCAAGAAGCCAAAGGUCCCUGACAAUCCUUUCCAUGGCAUUGUUUCCAAGUGCUUUGAGCCUCACCUUUAUGUGUAUAUUGAGUCCCAGGACAAGAACCUCGGGGAGCUGAUUGACAGGUUUGUGGCUGAUUUCAAGGCUCAGGGUCCCCCCAAGCCAAACGUGGACGAAGGAGGAGCCGUCCUGCCCAGCUGUGCCGACCUCUUUGUGUACUACAAGAAGUGCAUGGUGCAGUGCUCCCAGCUCAGCACUGGCGAGCCCAUGAUAGCCCUGACCACCAUCUUCCAGAAGUACCUUCGGGAAUAUGCCUGGAAAAUUCUCUCUGGAAACCUGCCCAAGACAACCAGCAGCAGCGGUGGGCUCACCAUCACUAGUUUGCUGAAAGAAAAAGAAGGCUCUGAAGUGGCAAAGUUUACUUUAGAAGAACUCUGCCUCAUUUGCAGCAUCCUAAGUACUGCAGAGUAUUGCUUGGCCACCACCCAGCAGUUGGAAGAGAAACUCAAAGAAAAAGUGGAUGCAAGUCUAGUGGAGAGAAUCAACCUGACGGGAGAGAUGGACACUUUCAGCAUUGUGAUCUCCAACAGCAUCCAGCUGUUAGUGCAGGACCUGGAUGCAGCCUGUGACCCUGCCCUGACUGCUAUGAGCAAGAUGCAGUGGCAGAACGUGGAACACGUCGGUGACCAGAGUCCUUAUGUCACCUCAGUGAUUCUCCACAUCAAGCAGAACGUCCCCAUCAUCCGUGACAACCUGGCCUCCACGAGAAAGUAUUUCACUCAGUUCUGUAUAAAAUUUGCAAACUCCUUCAUUCCCAAGUUCAUUAACCAUCUCUUCAAAUGCAAACCUAUCAGCAUGGUGGGUGCAGAACAGCUGCUGCUGGACACUCACUCUCUGAAGAUGGUUCUCCUGGAUCUGCCCUCCAUUGGGUCCCAAGUGGUGAGGAAGGCUCCUGCCAGCUACACAAAGAUAGUGGUGAAAGGCAUGACUCGGGCUGAAAUGAUCCUGAAGGUGGUGAUGGCUCCACAUGAACCCCCAGUUGUGUUUGUUGACAAUUACAUCAAGCUCCUCGCUGACUGCAGCACUGACACAUUCCAGAAGAUACUUGACAUGAAGGGCCUGAAGAGGAGUGAGCAGAGCAGCAUGCUGGACCUCUUCCGCCUGCGCCUCCCCGCUCCUCCCCCCGGCGGGGACAGCACGGGCUCCCUGUCGCUGAGCGCUCCAACACCCGAGCAGGAAUCCUCUCGGAUACGGAAACUGGAGAAACUCAUCAAAAAAAGACUCUGAGCGAGCAGAAGGAAACUCCGCUGCUCAGGACGGGCUGCAGUGAGUGGGAGCUUGUCAGGCUUGUGAUUUACAGUGUGCUGCUGGAAAACCCGUGUCCCGUCACUCCCCACCCCUGUGAUCUCUUCACCAUCGAAUACUGUGAUGCUUUCAGACCAAGGAAGAAUCUGACCAAGGUGUUUGUCCUUGGCUUAGCAGGAGCGAAACCCAGGACGUUGUCAGGUCCACGUGGUGGAGAAAAUAGAGGUAUCUGGAAGUCAGGAGCUACAGAAACAGUUUAGGUGGACUCAGAGAAUGUCUGGCUGUGAUACACUUGGUGUCACAGCUUUUGUCCUGGCUGAGCUCCUGCUGCAGCACUGAGGAUUUUGCCUGAGAGUUCUGUGUUAUUGCUUACUCCCUGCUGCAGAGCUGUUCCUUUGAUAGAUUAUUUAUUAGGGGUGAACCAACCCCGUACCAUCACCACCACCAAAAAACCCCAACCCUUUGACAGCUGGAAUCCAGGCAUCUGCAGCUCCGCUGGCUCAAUGAGAUGCCCAGGAGAGAACCCCGAAGCAGAUUUUCCUGCUGCUCCCAGGACGGGCACGCACAAAGCACCAUGAAACAGCAAGUCAAAUCCUUUUCAGAACAAGGGGAAAGGGCUGAAUUAAUGCCUUCUGCACCUUGGCAAACCUCCUGCCAGCCCAGCCGGCAGCCUGGGUCGCUGUUACAGUUUAAAGGCCAAACAGGACAUCUGCAGAGCCCGGCUCCAGCUGCUUGUUAUUUCUCUGGCGUGUGCUGGGCUCGCCCGCUGUCCCUGAUGGGAGUUCCCAUCCGGCAUCUCUCCCUCUCUCCACAAAGAGCCCUUCAUGGAGCAAGUGUCAAACAGCACCAGCCCCUUGUUCUCACACCACCCGGUGUGUCCUGAGCAGGGGUGUGCCCCUUUGGCACCUUCACUGCCCUGCAAGGAGAGGUGUUGGAAAUGUUGGCUCUAACAGGGAGCCAGAGCUGCUUCCUGGGACAGGAGCCUUGCACCAGCCUCAGCCUUCAAGGCCCUUCCUCUCCUCCUCGGCUUCUGAGCUUCAGCUUGCACCAGUGCAGAGAGGAGGAGAACCAGGGGUGAAAUAUUUUGGAUAACCCAGGCCCCUCUUCCUGGGGCCCAGCUCCUGGCUCCCAGCCACAAAGCCAGUGUGGAGCAGGGGUGUGGAUGCUUCCUCACGGAGUCUCCAUUCAGGGAGGCAUCACCUUGUUGUUAGCACUGCUGGAUUUCUUCCCAGAUUCCCCUGUACCCUGUUUGGAGGACUUUGAAGGCAUAUGCCCAAGGAUUGAAUCCCGUGGGGGUGUAGGGGCAGAUCAACCAGUCGUGCCUGUGUUAUUUAACUCAAGCUUCACUUGCAUGUGCAGGAAAGAGAAGUCCUGUACCAGUUUGCUGGGUGAGGAAAGGACCAUGCUGUCAGAUGCCUUCCUGGGAGGGUCUGUUUCCCACCAGGGCAAGUUUGGGCCUUAGGACUGUAUUUAUUACGGGCUGUGUUCACAGGGGUUGUAAUACUCACUGCUGCACAUCAGGGAGGGGGGAUUAGACUCCAGGCAUAUGAGCUCCAUCCACCCAAACCCAGAUUUUCACUGGGAUGAGGGAGGAAGUGAAAGGAGAAAUCCUUGAGUAAGGCAAAACCUGAGCUCAUGCUGUUUGUGCAUCAAACAUGAUGCACAGACAUGAGCCCUCUUGAGCAUGGGCUGCUCCCCAUGGCUAUGGGAGGGCAAAUUCGGUGCCUGGUUGGUAAAAUCCCGUCCUCCCUUUGCACAGCAGCAGGUGAGUGUAUGUGAACAGGCAGGAUUUGGUCACAGAGUUCAAGCAGAAGGAGUAAACCCACAGAGAUGCAACCCUCACCAGUCAGGUUUUGUAAUGCUGCUCAGACCCAGCUGCUGCUGCAGCAGGGUGUGCACUAACAAGUAUGUUAAAAAAACUCUUCAGGGUGUAUUUUCAGGGGUCCCCAGGCUUGGCCCUGGCUGUGUGGGAGCUCAGCUGCAGGGCACAGUCCCUCCAGAGCAGCAGUAACAGCACCUGUGGGGAGGGACAGCAGUUUCUCAUCACUCCAGUUUUACAAACCUGCUGUUGCCUCGUUUAUUUCCUCUUCUGAUUUCACACUGGCUGACAAAAGAAGGAACGGUUCGAAAGCACGUCAGGGCUCUGAACAGCUGUUCCCCAAGGACAGAUUAUCUCAAGGUGCAUGUGCAGGAUGGCUCAUGUGUUAUCACUUUGCAUAGCCAGGGAGGAGGGAACAUGGGUUUGCAGAGAUUCAUUAUUCCCAGGGGGGGAUGAAUAAUUUAUUUUAGAUGAAUUUGUCUUUGCUUUUUCUAAGGAUAAGGCUCUAACUAAAUUAUGAAUAGCUGAAGACAAUGUUGAAGUUAUCAUUGCGGGUCUUUCCCAAAGGCUUCCCCUGUUUCAUUCUCUGCACUUCAUUCUGUAGAUAAGAGGAAAUAAAAGGAGAAAUGAAUUUUUAGUUUCAGCCUUUGAAGAAUGCUACAGGGCUGAGUGUUCAGAGUUCCACUUUUAGAGAGCAAAUCCACAGUUUUCUGCUUUCAUUGUAAGGGUUUUGUGCCCCUGGCUCUUGGGUGUUUAUCAGAUUUGGCAGGUCUCUAUGUGUGUGUUUGCUCUUUGGGUUUUACAUCUCUGGGGAAUAAAGGAUGAUUAUUUGUUUUCUGUAUAAAAUGCCACUUUUUAUGGUUUCGGGCCAAAGUGUAGUUCUGGCUGUAUGUCGGGGUGUGACACUUAAAUGAAUUAAAUGGUUACUGAUGUUCA